GCGACCAUCCGCGCUGCGGCGGCGGCGACUGAGCGCUGCCUCAGUCUGCAGCGGGCAGCGGAAGAGUCGCGUCGCUCCUCAGAGCGCAGCUGGGCUCCUGGGCCCCGCGCGGUCCGCCCCCGCGGCUCCUGACCAGACUGCUCCUAGGACCCCCUGCCCCGCGCCGCAGCCAUGAACUACCUGCGGCGCCGCCUGUCGGACAGCAACUUCAUGGCCAAUCUGCCAAAUGGGUACAUGACAGACCUGCAGCGCCCGCAGCCGCCCCCGCCGCCGCCUGCUGCCCCCAGCCCCGGAGCCACGCCCGGUCCUGGGACCGCCACUGCCGAGAGGGCCUCCUCAUCCGCCCCCGUAGCCUCUCCGGCUGCCCCUAGCCCUGGGUCCUCGGGGGGCGGUGGCUUCUUCUCCUCGCUGUCCAAUGCGGUCAAGCAGACCACGGCGGCCGCGGCCGCCACCUUCAGCGAGCAGGUGGGCGGCGGCUCUGGGGGCGCAGGCCGUGGGGGCGCCGCCGCCAGGGUGUUGCUGGUAAUCGACGAGCCCCACACCGACUGGGCGAAAUACUUCAAAGGGAAAAAGAUCCAUGGAGAAAUUGACAUUAAAGUAGAACAGGCUGAAUUCUCUGAUCUCAACCUCGUGGCUCAUGCCAAUGGUGGAUUCUCCGUGGACAUGGAAGUUCUUCGGAAUGGGGUGAAGGUCAUGCGGUCUCUGAAGCCAGACUUCGUGCUGAUCCGCCAGCAUGCCUUCAGCAUGGCGCGGAAUGGAGAUUACCGCAGUUUGGUCAUCGGGCUGCAGUAUGCCGGAAUCCCCAGCGUUAACUCUUUGCAUUCUGUCUACAACUUCUGUGACAAGCCCUGGGUGUUUGCCCAGAUGGUUCGGCUGCACAAGAAACUGGGGACAGAGGAAUUCCCACUAAUCGAUCAGACCUUCUACCCAAAUCACAAAGAGAUGCUCAGCAGCACAACGUACCCUGUGGUUGUGAAGAUGGGGCAUGCGCACUCUGGGAUGGGCAAGGUCAAGGUGGACAACCAGCACGACUUCCAGGACAUCGCAAGUGUCGUGGCUCUGACCAAGACAUAUGCCACUGCCGAGCCCUUCAUUGAUGCCAAAUACGAUGUGCGUGUCCAGAAGAUUGGGCAGAACUACAAGGCCUACAUGAGGACGUCGGUGUCAGGAAACUGGAAGACCAACACCGGCUCCGCGAUGCUUGAGCAGAUUGCCAUGUCUGACAGGUACAAGCUGUGGGUGGACACGUGCUCGGAGAUCUUUGGGGGACUGGACAUCUGUGCAGUGGAAGCGUUGCAUGGCAAGGACGGGAGGGAUCACAUCAUCGAGGUGGUGGGCUCCUCCAUGCCGCUCAUCGGGGACCACCAGGAUGAGGACAAGCAGCUCAUCGUGGAGCUCGUGGUCAACAAGAUGGCCCAGGCCCUGCCCCGGCAGCGGCAGCGGGAUGCCUCCCCCGGCCGGGGCUCCCACAGCCAGACGCCGUCCCCAGGGGCCCUGCCCUUGGGCCGCCAGACCUCCCAGCAGCCCGCGGGGCCCCCGGCUCAGCAACGACCCCCACCGCAGGGUGGCCCUCCACAGCCGGGCCCAGGCCCCCAACGCCAGGGACCCCCAUUGCAGCAGCGCCCGACCCCGCAGGGCCAGCAGCACCUUUCGGGCCUUGGACCCCCAGCCGGCAGCCCCCUGCCCCAGCGCCUGCCAAGUCCCACAUCAGCGCCCCAGCAGCCUGCAUCCCAGGCCACCCAGCUGACCCAGGGUCAAGGCCGCCAAUCCCGGCCAGUGGCGGGAGGACCUGGGGCACCUCCAGCAGCUCGCCCACCUGCCUCCCCAUCUCCCCAGCGCCAGGCGGGCCCACCACAGGCUACUCGGCAGACAUCUGUCUCUGGUCAGGCUCCGCCAAAGGCCUCGGGGGCUCCACCGGGUGGUCAGCAGCGCCAGGGCCCACCCCAGAAACCCCCAGGCCCCGCCGGCCCCACACGCCAGGCCAGCCAGGCGGGUCCCAUGCCCCGCACUGGGCCACCCACCACGCAGCAGCCGCGACCCAGUGGCCCAGGCCCUGCUGGACGUCCCACCAAGCCACAGCUGGCACAGAAACCUAGCCAGGACGUGCCACCGCCUGCUGCUGCUGCCGCUGCUGCUGCUGCUGCUGCCGGGGGACCCCCACACCCCCAGCUCAAAGCCAGCCCCGCCCAGGCCCAGCCUUAGCCAGGACGAGGUGAAAGCUGAGACCAUCCGCAGCCUGAGGAAGUCUUUCGCCAGCCUCUUCUCCGACUGACACCCCACCCCGAGAGCCCCCACUUCCCUGGGCAGCCCCCGUCUGGGCCCUGAAUCCAUUUCUCACUUUUGGAGUCUCACCCCUUGAGAAGCCCGCUCCUGGAUCGCCCAGACCCCUCUUCUCACUCCUCAGAAAGCCCGAGUCCCUGGGGAAACCUCGCUCCUGGUCCUAAGUCCACUUCUCACAUUCGGAAUGCCCAUGUCCUUUCAAAAGCCCCCUCCCGCUCACCCCAAGCCCUACUUCUCAGUUUGAGAACCUCAGCAUUCCUGAAGACAUCCACUCCCGGUCCCCCCCGAGUGCGUUUUCCUUCCUGGAAGCACCCAAACUCCAGGCAACCCCUCCUGGAGCCCUGAAAUUCCUGGAAAACCCCACUCCUGGUCACAGAUGUCUCCAGCACACCUUGUUCCCCAUCAGAAUUUCCCCAAUCCUUAAAAUCCUUAAGAAACCCCUCCCUCUGAGACCCCCUCUGUGACCUCCCACUGCGGGAGAUCCAGCUCUUCAAAUGCCCCCCGCCCAGCCCCACAAGGAUUUCCCUUGGACACCAACCCCCAACCCCCGGCCACCCUACUCAACACACUGGGAGCUCCUCCCACUGCUAGGACCCCUCGGUGCCCCAGGGACCCUAGCCCCACUUUCCUGCCUCUGACAGCUGUCUUUAAAUAUGCAAAUCCCACCCAACCUCCCAGAAUCCUUUGCACACAGCGGGCCAGUGGUCCCCCACUUGCCCACCUUUGCCGUGGUGUCUGUGUCUGUGACUGACGUGGCCUCCUCUCGUGCCGUGCUUGGCAUAUGUGGUCCUCGUUCAUCGUGCCGCCUGUGGUGAUGCGUGCAGUGGCGCUGUUUGUGUGGUCCGCACCUACCCCCAACCUCCACUCCUUGCCUGGACUCACCCUCACCCCUCAGCGGCUCUGAACCCCACGAGAAGAGUCGGGAAACAAAAUAAACAAGCAAAGGCCCAGCA